AUGUUUCCAUUUCUGGGUACAAAGUUACCCAGAAGUUACCUAAAGAGUGAUAAAAACCUCUACCUCUUUGCCUACUUUGUUUUUGUUUUUUUUCCCAAAUGUAACUGUGUGCUUUAACUUCUGAAGAUGAAAGCUAAAGACAGAAUGUAUUCUUUAUUUUAGUGAUAAGUGUUUGGAGGUUUUGGGUAUGUAUAUAAAUUAACAGUCCUAUAACUUGUCCAAGGAGCCUUCCUUUAGGAGGAAUAUAGCAGAAGUAUCUCCUUCUCAAUUUAGAUUUUAGAUAAACCUUAGAGUUUGGAGUCUCCAUUCUCUUACCUGUAAAAUAUACAAGAAUUUAACACGUUUUCUCCUACACUGUCACUGAAAAAUUUCUGUCAUCCGUGUUCUCUUUGAUUAUUAUACAGUGGUCGUAUGUACAUACAAAUGAACUCUUUGGGAAUUUUUUUCUUUAAAGUUACAACUGGGGUUUCUUAUCUUCUCUUUUAGGAUAUCUUAAAUACCAUUAUAAGGCAUUGUCCACCCCGUUUUUUCUCCCUGGGCUUGCCUGGCUUCUCAAUGCUGGUGGGAGACUUCAUCACAGCCGCUGCCAGGGUCCUCAGUACAGACACGUUGGCGGCACCCCGCUCAGAAGCUCUUACCAUCCUUGGUUCCCUCGUUUGCUUUCCAAAUACCUUCCAGGAGAUUCCUUUGCUGCGGUCAGUGCUGGAAGUGAAUGAGGUCAUUUCAGGAACUGAAGACGUCAAGAAUUACCUCAUAAAUAUUUUACUGAAGAAUGCCACUGAGGAACCAAAUGAAUGUGCAAGAUGCAUUGCCAUUUGCUCCCUCGGGGUCUGGAUCUGUGAAGAGCUUGUACAGUGUACCUGCCACCCUCAGGUGAAAGAGGCCAUCAAUGUGAUAGGUGUAACUUUGAAGUUUCCUAACAAAAUUGUGGCUCAGGUAGCUUGUGAUGUUCUUCAGUUGCUGGUUUCCUACUGGGAAAAGCUUCAGAUGUUUGAAACAGCUCUGCCACGGAAAAUGGCAGAAGUAAGUCCUUUUCCUAUAAUGCUGAUUCAUAAGCAGUUAUUAAAUCUUCAGCCUUCUCAGACUAUCAGAUGCUUGAUACUGCACUUUACAGAAUAA